CAGUCUGUCAGGCUCGCGAGGUAGUUCGGUCCCCAGGCGGCGAGCGCGUGCUGCCGUGCCCGGCUGCGGCAACAACAAACCAAGCUGACCGCGGUCACCCGGCGGUCUGGGUGUUAGCCCCGAAAAUAACUACAUGUAUUCUCGCGUUUUAUAACGAUAGAGUCGCUUGUUUUAAUUCAGAAUCCCCCCCAACCCCCCGCCGGAGCCUGUGUUCUCUUACGAGCCGGGCAAAGGGGGGUUCAGUGCGGGGCUAGGGGAGAGAGAGAGCGACAACCGGCAUGGACCCCCUGGCGAACGACCGCGGCCCGGGAGGUGGUUUCACCGGGUGCCUGGCUGCACUCGGGGCCGAAGGGGGUGACUCGGAGUCCGGCGCGGGUUCAGAGGAAGCCAUGGGCUGCGGCGACACGUUCACCAGCCUUCCUGAAAUGGACAAAGAGACGCUGGAGGAGAAAUUAAAAGGACUGGCUUUCAGAAAACAGACCUCGUAUAGGCCAGAGAGAUGUAUUCCGGCAGCUACAAUUUUGUUGUCGGUGUGUGGCCGUGUCGGUGUAGUAACAGCUUGUCACCACCAGGCGGCGCUGCAGGUGGGCGGUCACGGAGAGAGGCUGCACCAGUGUCGGGAGGUGGUGCUCACCACGUUUAAAACCGUCCCUGUCCAGGUGGAUGGCGAGCCCUGCCGACUAGCCCCCUCCACUCUCCACAUCUCCCUCCGAAACCAGGCCAACAUGGUGCAGAAGAGCAAGAGACGGACCUCUGUACCCCUACUCAACGAUGUUCAGAAGGUGCGUGCAGCCGAGCUGCGCCGCCUCUCUGCCCCCCCCGACUCCUUCUCUGUUCCUCACGCCGUCCCAGACCGCCUGCGAGUGCGGGUCAACCGGAUCAGCCUACAGGAGUACGAAAGACUGCAGUCCGAGAAGGAGCUCCUACGAGACACCUCCAUCGCAGUGGGCAUCGUGGUGGUGAGGGGCGACUGUGACCUGGAGACAUGCAGGCUCUACAUCGACAGGCUGCAAGAGGACCUACACCAGGCACCAUCUACAGGCCACAGAGUGCACUACCAGGACGAGUGCCGGGGUCUUCCGAGGACAGGCUCGUUCCCCAGACUCUCGCCUAACUGGAGUUUCCUGGAUUCCACCUCAGCGGACCGUUUCUACCGCAUCGACAAGGCCCAGGAGCACCUCCACUUUGUGACGGAGAUUUGCCAGGACGAGGUGUUCAUCCUGGACCCCGAGGGACCCCCGGUGAGCCUGGGCCCCACCACCACGGGAAUGCCUGACCUGGUGGUGGAGCCAGUUGGUGCACCUCUGACUCCUGAAGAGCAAGCUUUGUUAUCGGCAGCCAGUUCUGGAGAUUUGCCAAUGCUGUCGGAGUGUGUGGUCAGGGGGGUCAGCCUGCUGGUGAGGGACUCUGGGGGAUGCUCUGCUCUUCACCUGGCCGCGCAGAGCGGACACACUCCUCUAGUCAGCUACAUCCUGCACCAGGGCUCCAAGGUGCUUCUGGAUCUGAGAGACAGGGAAAAGGGAGACACUGCCUUGCACAAAGCGGCUUCGGAAAAACAGCAUGCUGUGUGUCGAUUGCUUGUGGAGGCCGGAGCUUCACUUAAGAGGACCAACUUCCUGGGGAGGACUCCAGCGGAACAGGCUCAGGCCGAAGGAGACCAUGAGCUGUCCUGCUACCUGAGCACCCAGCAACUACUCACCCCCACACCCCCCACCCACGAAGACCUGGAGACCGCCGUCUGACCCCCCGCCCACACACACGCACACACACACACACACACACACACUCCAAUGUCCGUGUCCUUCUAUUCCCUACACAUCCUUUCAGAUAAAAGGGAGGGACUGAAGCGAAGGAUGAUGGGUAAAAUAAGUUCUAAGAUGGAUUCCCGGUCCACAUUCUCGGACCAACGGAGGGACAACAUUCGCUGGGGAACCUCUGAAAACAAAUGGGCAUGAAAAAUAGACCGAAACGACCCAACUGAAAAGGAAGAGGAGUGAAGGAGUUUAUAAACCACAGGACGGCGGUAAAUAAUUGAUCGGCUAUUUAUUUUUUAUUUAUUAUGUGACUAUUGUUAUAAUUUUCCAGGUUUGAUCGUGGGGGGGGAGCGGGGUUCACUCUGAUCUGCGCUGGGUCUCGGGGUGUGUUCUGGUGCCCUUCUGGAUCUCUCACACCACCACACCAAUCUGAAGUGUCAGGUGACCCCACACAACGCACACAUCCGCGGGGGGGUUUUCUAGAACCACACACAAAUUCAAAUCCCAGCCGAGAUCAAAGUGGGCCUAAAAUGUUUGUUUUGCUUAAAAUGAAUAACCUGCGCCGCCCGGGGGGGGUUGGACCAAGGACCCUAUUAUGGGUGGAUUUCUUUGUCAUGUGCCAAAGACGUUGCGAUGUCACAUUCAGUCUAUGAUUGCAAACAACUGCCACCGUUAUCAUAUUUAUUGAAAUGUUUCAAUCCAUUUAAACAGGAAAGGCCUGCUUUUAAGGGAGGAGAAUUCUAAUUUCCACGAUACAGAGAGAGACCUGUGUGUGGUUUACGUGUUUGUUCUCAGACUUUAUUUUGCCAUUUUUCUUAAAAUAACAAUGCUUUUACAAUGCAUGCCUAUCUAACAAAAGUGUAUUUAUUGAGUUGGCUCUAAUGUUUACUUGCGUUCGUUUAUAUUUUUCUCCCGGCUCCCCCCCUCCCCCCCUGCCCACACACACACAGACACACACAAACAUACAAACGCACACCCAUAUCAGCCCUAGGCUACAAAAGUAAGCUAAGUCCAUCCACACCACUGCAACAGGAUUACAGUCUUGAGGUGGACACAGAAAAGUCUUCGAGAUGACAUGAUGUACGUCUACAAACGGUGCACUCCUGUGUCACGCGGAAGGUGUGUAUGUGCAAGUGCACUUACACACGUAUACAGGCGUGUUUUGAAUUGCCCCUUGAGGGUCUGCGAUCCGGCUAGCCCGUGUGUACACAGACCCAAGUAUGUGUUGGGAUUUGUGCGCGUGUGUGUGUUUGUUUGUGUGUGUGUGUGUGUGUGUGUGUGCGCGUUUGAGUUGGCCUGUGUGUUUGCAUUGCAUCUAUCAAAGAGGAGAGUGAGAGUAAAAUCUGAGCCGUAUUCAAUGCAAUACGAAUAUGAAUGGCAUGUUGUUUUAUUUUUUAACAUUUCCCUAUUUAAAGUUUACAUUACAUUAAUGUUUUGAACAUAGUUGUCCACAGAGCACCAAUGAGUAUUGAAUGUGCAAUUGUACUACAGUGCUGGUGGCGUUUAUGAUUGUCUGGUUCUGUUUAGUUUUUAUUCUUUUCAGUUGGUGCGCAUGUAUAUUUUGAACGGUUAACACCUUUUUUUGAUAUCGUAACCUAUUGUAAACCGAAUUAAUUGCUGUAUGGCGUACAACGAUCUCAGAUGGGAUCUGUGGGGGGAGAGGGGCGAUUAGGGCUGGUUUAAAAGGAGUGGCACAGGGACAGCUAUUCUAGUCACCGCCUGCGCUAAAUGACCACGGUAGCUCCAACCCUACAACUUUUAUUUAUUAUUAAUGUAUCAUUUUCGUUUUUGUUUCUUUGCACCUUUGGUGACCAAAAUAAUUUCUAUUUCCUCAAAGAUUUCAUUUUUUGGAAAAAGUCAUUGGUGCUCUCAAGAAAGAUUGAUAUCCUGAUAUCCUGCAGAACCACAUACAUUUUACCUUUUCCUCUCCAUCCCUCUCAACCUGACCUACUAACCUCUCUUUGUCCCCUAUUACAGGCAAACAAAAUCCCCACCAAAACAUAGGCAUCUUCUAACAGGGGUAUUCACCCCCAUAUCCCCCGUUAUCUAACCUUAAAACCCACCAAACUCUUCCUCCAAACACCCCCUCAAGUGCAGAUUGUUCUUUACUCGCCAUGUUGUAUGCCAGGAGAGGUUCUUCAUUGAGAGCGUUGAAACGGUGGCUCCUCUGACGUAUCAGUCACACACUGACAAACGUAGAGAAAUGAGGUCGCGUUCUACAGUUGUGAACGGUGCCCGUGCUCUUGAUGUGGUUGGUUACUGAGGCACAAGAUUCACUCUGACUUUUUCUCUACAUUCUUCAAAUUGUUGAGUAGAAAUAUACAAAUUGGUAUGAAACUGUGUCACUUGUCAGCAUUGUUUUAUGCAUGGCAUUUUCUAACCUCUAGGAGUACUUUUGACUAUUGACUUAAAGUGGCAUUACUAUGGUUGUUUUACAAUACAAUUCAAUUGAACAAUUUUAAUAAAAUGAUAUAGUUUUAAUGGUUUAAAAUGUGUAAUAGUUACUUGAGAUUUAUGCUUAGGUCGGAAAAAUAUUGAGUGUGUAGUGUUUUUUUGUUUGUUUUGUAUAUUCCUUUUAUCUGCUGAGGUUUUUAUCACAUGAACAUUCAUUGUUAACCCUGUUUUCGAUCAUAUGAUCUCUUAAGAAAAAAAGAGUGACGACAAUGGGGUGACGAAUGAUGACUUAAAGCAAGAUGGCACAGACGACAGCACCUAAACAAACACAACUUCACCCUCUUGAAAAACUUGAAGAACUUCGCUAAAAAUAGCCUACAUCGAAAGAUUAAUCAUUCAGUUCUUGUGUUGGGUAAUGAAAAAGAGGAUGUGAUAAGGGUGUAACUAAACACUGCUCGAGAGCAUCAAGUAGUUUAAAGACUUGCGUGCAGUGGAGAGGAAUCCAUUGUGAGAGUGUGAAACUUCUUGAAUGGUCGAUAAAAGCAAACUGUUUGAAAGUGUCACUAAGGUCAACCUGCUGUGCUAGUGAAGAAUGUAAGUGUUUCCAUGAUGAUUCGUAAAUGUGUACAGUGAGCUAGAGUGUCAUACUCUCACUAAUGUGAUCCACAGAAAAACCUUGGUCCAAGUGAUCCCAGAUGAUUCAAGUUAAAUAUCCAAGUCUACUGCCAAACCAAGUGAUGCUGUGUAAGAAGAGUGUCUAAUCAAAACCCCACUUCCUGACGAUGGUCGACUUAAGAAACCAAGGACGAUUGUUUCUUUUCCUCUCUCUCCUUCUUUCUCUCCGUUCACAUAUUUACAGUUUCUUUUUUCUACAGGGACUACUGAGUGCCAUAAACAGUGUUGGAUUUGGAUGUAAUAUAAUCUCACCACUCUAUGUUCAGAGAGUGUGUUAUAUUUUAUAAGAAAAGCAAAUAAAAAAAAAUAGGAAGUCGAUGGCACAGAAAAAAAAAAGAGAGGCUAUCGCUAAUAGUUUAGCACGAGAGAUUGUACAACUAUUACAUUGUCUAAAUAACCAUAUCAUUUCAGAAUAAAUAAAGUUUGAAACGUUAAUCUAAAA